CUGUACUUGGUACCUGGAGUACCGGCCUGCAUACUACGGAUUACUACCCAGGUACACAAAUUGUUACUACCUCUUCUUCCGCCUGUCCUCCUUCUCUUCCUUCUUCCCCUCUUCACCCCUCCUCCAUCGGCCUUUUUCGUCCCAUUCAUCAUGGCGACCGAACCGAAACCUCUUCCUUUCGUCUACCAAUUCGCCGCGGGGGCCGUUGCGGGCGUGUCUGAAAUAUUGAUCAUGUAUCCAUUAGAUGUUGUCAAGACCCGAGUACAAUUGCAGACAGGGAAGGGCACGUCCGAGGAAUCAUACAAUGGCAUGGUAGAUUGCUUCAAGAAGAUUAUCAAAAAUGAAGGUGCUUCCAGAUUGUACCGCGGCAUCUCCGCGCCCAUCCUUAUGGAGGCUCCCAAGAGGGCUACAAAGUUCGCCGCCAACGACUCCUGGGGCGCUUUUUACCGCGAUCUCUUCGGCCAAGCCAAGAUGAACCAAUCGCUUUCCAUCUUGACAGGCGCAACCGCUGGUGCCACCGAAUCUUUUGUUGUCGUGCCUUUCGAACUCAUCAAGAUUAGACUUCAAGACCGCGCCCAAGCCCACAAGUACAAUGGUAUGGUGGAUUGUUUCACCAAGAUUGUGAAAAACGAGGGUCCUUUGACUCUCUACCAGGGACUUGAGUCAACCAUGUGGCGACACAUUCUUUGGAAUGCUGGAUAUUUUGGUUGUAUUUUCCAAGUCAGAGCGCUCCUGCCCAAGGCUAGCGACAAGAAAGGUCAGAUCACCAACGAUUUGAUAUCCGGCGCCAUUGGUGGCACUGUUGGAACUAUCUUGAAUACGCCGCUGGAUGUGGUCAAAUCCCGCAUUCAGAACUCCCCCAAGAUUGCCGGAACCGUUCCCAAAUACAAUUGGGCCUUCCCUGCGGUAGGAACUGUGAUGCGCGAAGAAGGGUUCUCCGCCUUGUACAAAGGUUUCCUACCCAAGGUACUCAGGCUCGGCCCCGGCGGAGGUAUCCUACUUGUCGUCUUCACGGGUGUCAUGGACUUCUUCCGGCAAAUGCGCGGUGAAGCUGUCUAG